UAAUACUAAUAAGCUACCUUGUAAGUGUGAUUGCAUUCACUCUAUUUUACAAGUUAUAGAAUUUAGUAUGAUUUUUGUGUCAGCCAUUUUAAAUCCUUACAGUGGAAACAAGCACCUGAAACACGAACAGUUCUUGAUUAUAAAUGUAGAAGAUCAGUUAGCUACAUCUUUAUCCAAUGCUAAAGGUGCAGAGAACAGCAAAGUAACUGUAGACUUCUUAGUUUUGACAUAAACAAUCAAAAUAGGCAAGUGGCACUACCACACUAAAAGUCAGCCAUUUUGAGAAAAACGUCACUUCCGGUCAGAAAUAAGAAAUCAGGCUUGGCUGCCCGACUGAAUUAUUGCAUUGUACAUUUCACAUUAUCUCUAUCUCCUUCCUUCUCACUCUAGACCCUUCGGCCAUUGCCGGCCAGAAGAAGGACAAGUCUGUUGUUCUUAGCUAGCUCUCCACUGGAAGGGGCGAGACUACAUAUUAUAUAAGAGUUGCGAUCUAUGGUGGUGUCUAUGGUAAUAUCUUAACAUCUAUGGUACAUGUACAUCACACACGACAUGUACGUCAUAGCACAGAUGCCAUGAUCAUACCAGAACAUACAUUGUAGCAUUGAUACUAUAGACCUCUUUGGGUGAGAAUGAAAAGAAUGAUAUAUGGCAAGGGGCGUGACUGAGCUUGAGUUGCUCUGAAAUAAUUUUCGUGGACGGCAACUUUGUAUGGAGUAUGAAUGGGCUAACACAAAGAGCAAGCUCUAUUAAAGAAUAUACUUCAUAUUGCACCAAAUCCCUUUUAGUAGAUGCUUAGCAGCGACCAUUCUUUAACCAGCUUUUGUAGCUUGAAAAAGCUCGAUGCCAACAAUAAGAAUCAGUUUUGAUUUUCUUUAUUCAUCCUCCAUUGAAUUUUGCCAUCCAAAAUGGUGGCCAAUUAUUACCCAUAGGUGGAUACUGUAAAAACAGUAAUGAUAUUCAUAGGCCACCAUCAAUCUCACCUGAAGAGGUCUAUACACAUUCCAAAACUAAUUCCUCACAUUCGAUGGUGUUCAUGUCAGCUAACAGCUUGUACAUUACUUCAGAGUAAAAGUCUGGAUCCUUCUUUUAGGGAGUAUGAGCAGGCUUGUCUUAAGGACCCUCGUACAAAGGGACUUCCCCUUUCCUCUUUCCUCCUUAAGCCAAUCCAACGUGUCACCAAGUACCCUCUACUAAUUGGAAAAAUAUUAGAGUAUACUCCUAAUACUGAUCCAGACUAUGAGUCAUUAUUGAUGGCAUUACAAGCAUCAGAGACAUUGUGUUCACAAGUUAAUGAUGGAGUGAGAGCUAAGGAAAACGCUGAAUCACUUGAGUGGCUUUAAUCUCAUGUACACGUCACAUUGAAUGAGAAACUGAUCUUUAAUUCACAAACUAACUUCAUGGGCUCCAGGAAGCUCCUCCAUUGGGGAAAAUUCACAAAAGUACGAGGUAACAAGGAGAUGGUUGGUUUCUUGUUUAACGAUUUCUUUUUGCUCGUGAGGCCCAAGAGUCUCUUUGUAACGGCAGCUCAGCUAGAACCUUUCACCGAUAACCAAUUCACAAUGUAUAGAGAGCCAUUUUUAUUGGAUCAGAUACAAGUAAAGAAAGGUCCUGUAGACCAGUAUGGUCCGAGUGUGUUUAUUGUUAUGUUGAAAACUGAUGCCAAGAAAGAAAUACCAUUAAAAGCAGAAACUGAUUCUGGAAGAGAUAAAUGGGUGAAGCAGAUAAUGGAAGCUUGUGUAGAGUAUGUAAGAAAACAGAAACAAAGUUCUAAACUAAUAAGAAGUGAUAGUCGUAGGAUGACAUUACGUAAGGUGGCUAGUGGUAAGUUAUUUGUGACAGUUGUUGAAGCUGCUGAUCUCAUUGCAUCAUCUGCUGAUGGUAAAAGUGAUCCAUUUUGUGUUAUAAGAGUUGGAGAUAAUCAAGAAUCAGCUACACCAGUUAUUAAAAAUGAUUUAAAUCCUAAAUAGAAUUAUACAAUGCCAGAGUUUCUAAUAAGUGAUCCUAAUGAUACUGUAUUAGAGAUUACAAUGUUUGAUAGUGACCUCUUCUCACCUAAUGAUUUCUUAGGUUGUGCUAAGUUAUCAUUAAAGCAGUUAAGAGAUGAAGGAGGUAACAAUGGCCCAUGGACUAAAAGAUUAUUACUAGAAGAUGUACCUAAAGGAGAACUUGCAUUAAGAGUAACAUAUCAACCAAUGAGAAGGAAUAUUAGUGGAACACAUUAAUGAUUGAUUGUUUAAUGAAGAGACUGAGAGAAAGAGUGAUUUUUAUCUGUGAUUAUUAUUAUUAAUACCUCAUUUUUUACGUUAUUAUUAUAAUUU